AGGGUUAAAAGCGGAGCGGAGCUCGCUGGGAAGCAGAGUCGCAGCUGGAAGAGCUGGGGGAAGCCCGGACUCUCAAACCGAUAAACGGGCAGCAUGGGUGAGGCACCGGCCACAGGAGAGGGUACAGUGACUCGAUCAGCAGAGUAUGUGGGUUCAUUUCCUGUGGAAGACUGCUGUUUGGACGACCAGAUAGAGCAAUUACACACACAGCUCAAGUCCCUGAAAGGAUGCAAAAGAAGGAGGGCGGUAUCCCUGAAGUUCUCCAAUAGAGGGGUGAAAAUGUAUGACGAGGACGAGACGACCCUCCUGAUGGCCCACGCUCUGCACAGAGUCUCCCUGUCCACCGCUCGCCCCGCCAACGCCCAGUUUGCUUUUGUGUCCCAUAAUCCAGGCAGCAUUGAUGCACAACUCUACUGCCAUGUCUUCAAAGCAAGGCAUGCCAGAGCGGCCCAGUUCCUGAACCUUCUGCUGUGUCGGUGUUUCCAGUUGUCUUACUUGGAAAAGCACCCAGAAGAGGCCCAGGAUGACUCUGUUGGCUCACUGCCUCGACGCAACCCCUCUCUGCUUAACCACGGCUUCCCUCUCAGUGUUAGUGCGCUGGUUUCCUUCAGAAGAGCUCCAUUUCAAGGACUGUUGUUCAGCACAAAGAAAAGUCAGAAAUCUUCCAAAAACGACCAAGAUGAAAUCUUCACCACGUCGUCUCCUUCUCUGAUGCGCAAGAAAGCCAUCCGCGCCAAGGAACUGUGUUCUGGUGCUUACCGCUCCUUCACCUUCACGCCGCAGAAACACCGUAGUCUGCAGGAGCGACUGAGCGCGUCUCAAGGAAAGGAUCAAGACAAGAAGCCAGUGAAGAGAUCCCGGGCUCCGAGCUUAGCCGAGACAGAGGAAGCCCUGGCUCAAGCUGUGUGGUGUUGGGCUGGUAUCGCAACUGACAGUAGCUAUUCCCUCCUCGCAGAUGAUGUUCUGGGAUCAUACCUCCUGUGCCAACAUCCUAAAAAACCCAAAUGUGGUUCUCUCAUCAUACGCUUCCCCUCUGGCCUUUCAACCUACCUCAUAGAAAACACUCACAAAGGGAAAUUCUCACUAGAGAAAUGCAAGACGGAGUUCAGCUCCAUUGCUGAGCUGAUUGAACAUUACACGGAGGCCCAGGAUGAGCUGCCAUGUCUCCUGAGCUGUGCACGGGUGAACCACUGCUAUGAGUGGGAGGAAAAUGCGAACGCACAGAAGGCUGCAAAGCUGCAGAGAAGUCCGAACAGAGUCAAGGUCAAGAGCACUCUCAAAAAGGAGUGGGUUUAAACCCUGGUCAGAAGGACACGGGGAGUGCCAACAUUCAUGGGUGCAAAUAAGUGACACUUAUUUCUUUUGCACAUUUAUUAUCUUUAACUUUUUAAACUAGUGGUGUUGUGGGGACUUAACCAACUUAAAAUACAUUGCAUUAUCAGCGAUGGCACUUGUACGUAAUUUAUGUGGCAUUCUGUCAGGGUACUUUAUUUGUCAAAGAUGUAAUAUUUUGGGCAUAUUUCUUCUUAUAUUUGGCUGCUUCACUAUGAAAUGUAAAUAUUUUUUUAUGUACCUGUAUUGUAUCGGUUUGUUUUUAGAUGGGAAACCGUUGUUGUGAAUUUGUCUGAAAUUGGCAACAUUUACUUUUUUCCUUUUUUAAUGAAAAUCUAUCUAUCGAUCUGUAAUUUGAUCAAAUUUUACUCUUUACAUGAACUAUAACCUUGUUUCAAAUGCAUUUUCAUUUUUCUUUUAUAACUUUUUUGGGCCUACAUCUAAAUCCACAAUGACUGAAUGUUCUACCGUCCUGGAGGCGUUUCUGAUGAGUCCUUUUGAAUCAACAUUUAGUUUUCACAUUUAGCCUCUCACCUCGACAAUAAAUCAUUUUCUAUAUCAA